CUGAAUGUGCUGCAGGGUUUAAAUCUAUUAAAUUGCUCCUAAAGCCCUGAUCAAAUCGCUUAAACAGGUAUUUUUGAGAAGCACAUUAUGGAAGAAGUGAACGGCAGUGAUGGAGCACCGGAUCUGAAGGAGCUGGAGGUGCUGGAGGUGAAGGUGGGCAGAAAGACACCGGCCGGGCUGCUCAGGUGGAUGCGGCAGGACGCGGCGCAGCAGCGCGGGGAGCAGAACCAACCCAACCGUCCUGAGGUCGGAGACCCGGCGCAACACUCACUGGAUGAGAAGAUCAGGAAACUCAGAAUGGAAAUGGCUCACCUGCGCUCGGUGGACGUGAGGAUCCUGCAGCAGCUGCUGGCGCUGCACGAGGGCAUCGAGGCGGCCAAGUGGCUCCUGGAGGACCGCGGCACGCUCACCAGCCACUGCAGCAGCCUGACGGGCAGUCAGUACAGCCUGGGAGGAAGCUGGAGCAGCCUGCACGAGCCGCAGGACAAGCUGGACAACAUGUCCAUCGGCAGCUACCUGGACACGCUGGCCGACGACCUGGACGAGUACACGUCCAGCGGGGCAGAGUCCAUCCUCUCCUCCAAGGCCAGACCCGGCGGCCCCAAGGAGGACGCCAAACCCUCGCCCGCGGUCGAAGCCACGGGCAGUCCGCUCAAACAGGGCGCUAAAGCGGACGCCGCCAAGGUCCAGCUGGGGAGGAACCCGAGUCCGAAAGGGAAGACGUACAAAAACGGCAAAGUGGAGCCGGAGAGCUGCAAGAUGAGCGGCAAAGUGCACAUGGAGCAUGAGGCGCACUGGCACUGGGUGCAAUCGCAGGACGAUGUGACUUUUUUAUAAAGUUUUAAGCUCGAUUUAUUUUAUUUUAGCA